AUGGCCCGCGGGAUCUCGACGCUGCUGACCUCGACGGCGCCGCGCGCGCUCGCCCCGGCGAGGGUCACCAUUGGACAUGUACAGUUGCGCGAUGUUGUAAUUUGUCCUCAUGACAAAGGCCUCGUAACUUAUCCGCACAAUUAUUCUAUUGUCGAACACGACAUUCACGCCCCCAACUCGACUCCACGCACACUUGCAGACCUUGAUUUCAUUCCUAACUCCGUGUCUGCGCUCCCGAUCCCUGGCACAGAUGAUACCAUACUUGCAGCGGGUGGCCAGGAAGCCGAGCUUCACCUCAGCGUGUUCACAUCCACCUCAUCUGGAUAUACCAGCGCCGGAGCCCCUCGUCGGCCAGCACGGGGAUUCGGGAAGAAGCAGUGGGAGAACAAGUUCACCAUCGAACCAGGCUCUAUCAACAACUCUGUCUCCCUCACAUCGAUGAACUUGACGCAGUCAAACGAGAGCAGUGUCGAACCACGCUUAGUCGUGAGCAACAACGAUCACACUGUCAAGUUCUUCGACAUCGGCAUGCGGCGGAACAAAACGAAUGCGCCGAGGCUUCAUGACGGCGGACAGCUCAGGAUGGACGUCGCUGUUAACCAUUCGUCCAUCUCCCCGGACGGACGGACACUCCUAUGCGUGGGCGAUUCGCCCGAUGUCUUCCUGUAUCGCAUUGCGGGCGGCGCACAUCUGCGUUUCGAUCCGAUUGCGAAGCUGUCGCUCUCACCGUACAUCGCGAACAGCCCGUUUUAUUACACGCCAUCGGCGUUGUCGAUCAACUCUGUUCCUGCGUCCUUCUCGACUGCGUUCUCCGCAGAUGGCUCGAAGUUUGUCGUCGGAUCGCAAGAGGGUGCCGUGGUUGUUUGGGAUGUGAGGAGCACGAAACCGUUGAAGGUAAUUCAAACGAACAAGAGCAGAGGCCUGGAUCGAAUCGCAACUGGAGAGGCGAGCGGAUAUCUGUAUGAUCAGCCGUGGGACUGGACAAGGGGAGCGGGCAACGCACCCGGGUGGGGUGUUCGGAGCGUGAAGUUCAGUCCACCUGGCGUCGGGCGAGAGGUGCUGACCUUCACUGAGCACUCAAAUCUCGUUCAUGUCAUCGACGCCCAGACCUUCGAGAAAGAGGAGAUCAUACGUAUGCCUACGCCUGCUACACGACCAGUGCUAGAGACGAUGCCUAUCCGGCCGAGGUCCUCAUCGCCGUCUAUUCCACCCCCUGUCAACUUCUCGCCGCCAAGUAUUCGUUCGUCGCCACCACCUCGGAUAGUCUUGUUCAGUGGUGCCCUCGAGGACACCUUUCGCAUACCUUCGACUUCCGAGACCAACGCACGAAGGAGGGCUAUCGGUCGUCGGUUGCGUGGGCGAGAAGAGGCGAACCCAGAUGACGACGUGGAUGGCAUCGUCGUCAUCCCGCCAUUAGGUGACCCGCAGGUAGAAGACGACGUACGCCGGCUGCUCAACCAGCAGGGUCUGCGCACGCGAUCCGCGGUCCUCGAUCGUGGGGAGGUCCGGGACACUGCCAUGAGCGAACGCGAGCGCGACCCUCCGGAGGACGACGACGCGAUGGACGUGGACGAGCCCGAGUCCGACUGCUUCUCGUCGCAUACCCCGUCGCGCGCGCCGUCGCCUGCCCUCCCACAGUCGCCACCAGUACCCUCGCGCUCGUCCGACCAUCUACGCGUCUCCCGCCCAGGGCUGCUCGCCCGCCGCGAGAGUUCAGGACCGUAUAGCGUGCGGCGGCUGUCGUCGCGCCGCAAGAAGCGGGCGGAGCGUGUGGAGCCCGACGUCGACGUUGACCUGGCGGGUACGUGCUUUGACCCGACGGGGUCGUCCAUCUAUGUCGCGUCCGUGAAGGGCGUCGCGGAGUGGACGGUGCGCGGUGCGGAGCAGCGCUGGUGGACAGAUCCCCAGUGGGCGUGA